AUGUGGUCACUUCUGCUCCUCUGUCUAUCUGUCUUCUGCAACAUCUCUUCUGCUUCAAUCGACAAUCAAGUCAUCUCUCUUGGUCAUGGCAACGGCAACAUCAUCGACGCACCCUCUCUUCCCGACUACGCAUUCUCAAAUGCAGCAAAGACCGAGCUGGCCGCAAUCAAGAAAUACCAAUCGCUUCCAACCUGUGAGAGGCUAGCGACUGGUGCCCUCCUGACCAGCUGUGCCUCCUUGGAGCGUCCAGUCUCCGUCAACCCCGAUGACCCUGCGCCUGGUGCUGAUGCACUAGUUCGAGACCAGCAACAGCUCUACGCGGCACGACUCUCGGUCUGCAGGCUCAACCAUACCGGCAACCCAAUUCCGAAAGCCUGCCUCCCACUUCUCCCGACUGAGCGCAAUACAAAGCGGAAGUGGUUGACAGGCAUCUUAGGCAAGGCCACCAGCCACGAGACCUCUUAUCCGGACUAUGAGCGUGACUCGGAAGCUCAUGCUGGAGCGUGCAUCAAAGCGCUCUACCAUGAAGGCAAUGGGCAGGCAUGGACGACCUACGAGACCAGCGGCCAUAGCAUGAUAGUGACGUGCCGAUCUCUCCGUGACGAUGUCGAGCGUGACGAGAAGAUCGCUUACAUGGGUGGGCUCACCAGUGCUUACGAAAACAUCUUCUCGUCGGCUACCGAGAGCAUGGAAAGGCUUGUCCAACGUGAAUCCGAGCAGGAGCGCUUGUUCCUGGAGCACUAUCAGACUACCUUGGCGAGAAUCAAAGAUCUGGACAUGAGGUCUGCCGUGUCGACAGACGAACUCCUAGCUCGCCUCUCAAGCCUCGGAGACCAGAUGGCGAUUAUGCUUGACCAGGCGGCUGACGCCCAACGCCAGGCCCAAACCCAGUCAAGCCAGCAUGCUGAUCGCAUGCAGGAGCUCUCCGUCUCAAGCCUGAGUGAGCAACAACAGGCACACAGCGUCUCCUUGACCCUCUUCGAGCAGCAACGUGCAUACUAUGGAGAGAUGUACGCUCAAGAUAUCCAACAAUACUUCGGGCAGGUCAAGCAAGACAUAACAAACACCGUUGCCCAGGCUAUCGAGGGUAUCAAGACCGUCAAGAACGAUGCUGCUGAACUUCGCGCUGAGCUCUCAGGUGCUAUAGAGGAUGCCAAAACUCUCAAUGGCAGCCUUGGCCCGAUCCUGUCACUCGUGAGCAUACUUGAGACUGUCUUGCCCGAGGCACCCGGCUUCAGCAAGACCCUUGGUGGCAUCGUCUUCUUCGCACUCCCGAGCUUCGCCUUCUGGCAGAGGGUCGUCGCAUGUCCGACUUCUGGUCACAUUACUCUCUCGCUCGCUAGUGGAUGGGUCCUCUCCAAGAUCUGGACUUUACUCUACCAGAACAUCGACCUCGACCGCCCGGCCGCCGCUCUCCAAGACUACAACACCCUGACCACGAUCCCGAACGCAGCCUUCUGCGCCGUACUUGUUGUGCUGGCUCUGGCUGUCAUCUACGGCGUCGUGACACUGGUCGAGAGGUGCAUCGGACGUUGCACGACCAGCGACGCCCAGGCCUCAACGCUCCCAAUCACUGAGAAAGGCGGGGGGCUCCAAACCCAAUUGACCUUCCGCUUGCCCAUCAACGACCCCAAGGCCUUCACCAACAGGCAGGAGAAGCAUGUUGCGGAGAUGGCUUGA